AAAAAAAAACAGAAGGAAAAAAGAAAUCAAGGAAUCGGAAAGGAUAAACGGUUUGCAAGUAAAGGGAGUACUGCUACCGUUGUUGCUGCUGCUACUACCGUUUCAGACGAAGAAGGAGAAGAAAAAACGAAGAAGGAGAAGAAAAAGUUGGAAAAGUUGACAACAGAAAUGUCCUGGUGGCCAAUUCUUCUAAUUUUUAAUCUUUGUCUUAACGGGCUAACAUUUGCGGUUAUAUCACAGCCAAAUUGUACAGCAAAAAAUAAGUUUGCCUGUUACGUAUGUUUGGGUGAAUCGUUGACGGAUUGUCGAUCAGAAGAAACAGUAUGCUGUUCUGGAGCCUGUUACAAACUUGUCGAUAUCGAGCAUCAGGUAAUCCUCAAAGGUUGUACACCAGAUAAAGAAGAAGACGGUAGCAUGAAGAUUCGUUCUUAUGACGUUAGGGUAAGAAACGACGAACCUGUUAAAGGUCAAACAUUCUUCUGUAAUGAAGGCGAAUACUGUAACGGUGUUAGGCUACCAAAUUUACAUAAUGCCAUCUGGAUUAUCUGUAGUAUCUUGUUGCUUAUACAUCCACGAAUUUGA